AUGGGAGUCAAUUUCAGCAGGAACUCUGAUUUCACCUUGAGAGCUUAUAGUGACAACAACUAUGCAGGAUGUCUUGUCACUAGAAGAUCAACUGGAAGUUACAGUACUUACCUAGGCAGUAAUCUUAUCUCGUGGUCUUGCAAGAAACAAGUUACAGUUGCAAAGAGCUCCACCGAAGCUGAAUAUAGGGCUAUGUUGGAGGAUGGAUCAGAAGUAACUUGGAUUGGUGCGCCAAUCCUGCAUUCCAUGCUCGCUCCAAACAUUUUGAAAAUCACUUUCACUAUGUUAGGGAACGUGUUUCUCUUGGUCUGCUUGAGGUUCAAAUCUCUUCCCACAACAGCAGAAUGGGAACUAGGGACACAAAUAUGUGCGUUGCUGCAGCCUUUUGAUACGAUAACCAACCUGAUUUCAGAUUCAACUUUCCCAACCUCAAACUUGUACUUUAUGCAAGUGUACAAGAUUGAGUAUUGGCUGAAAGCACAUGAGAACAGUGAGGUGGAUGUUAUUGUGGAGAUGGUUAAAGCUAUGAAAGAGAAAUUUGAUAAGUAUUGGCAUGAGUAUAGCGAGAUUCUUGCAAUGGCGGCUGUUUGUGAUCCUAGGUUUAAGUUAUCGCUGCUAGAGUAUUGUUUCACAAAUCUGGAUGAGAGUACUAGUCAACGGAAAGUGGAGAAAGUGCACGAAAAAAUGAAACUGCUUUUCAAAGCUUAUUCUAAGCCAGCAGACCAAAGCUCUCCACCAGCCAGAGAAAAUGUACACAAAUCAGUGGCUGCUGUUCUCGGAAAAGGUGUCAUCAAUCAUGAUGAGUUCCGCAACUUUCACAAGAAAAAUGUAAGUGCUAGUGGAAAAUCUGCUUUGGAUUCAUACUUAGAAGAAUCACUAGUAGACAUGAAUAUGUUUCCAGAGUUGGAUGUCUUGGAUUUUUGGAAAAAAAAUUCUGAUCGCUUUGGAGAGUUAUCUAAGAUGGCUUGUGAUCUUUUAAGCAUACCUAUCACAACAGUAGCAUCUGAAUCAUCCUUUAGCAUUGGAUCACGUGUUUUGAAUAAGUACAGAAGUUGUCUCCUCCCAAAAAAUGUUCAAGCCUUGAUAUGUGCUCGUAAUUGGCUUAGAGGUUUCAAAGCAUAUGAUGACAAUGAACUAGAAGCUAAUGAGUCGGAUGAGCACUUGCCAAGUGAGUCGUUUGCUUCAACUACGUAA